ACGACAGGGUCAUGGCUCUGAGGAGAGUGACCUCUGCAGCGCAGGUCCUCCUGGCCAGGACCAUGGUGAUGAGAGCCCUGUCUCUACUCUCUGUCAGUGGUUCUAGCUGCAGCCUGGCAGCAGGGUUGGAGUCUCUGGGUCUGACAGACAUCAGGACCCUGGUCAGACUGAUGUGUCUGGCUGCUGCGGGGCGAGCCGGCCUCUCCACCAGCCCCACAUCUGGAUCAGGGGCCUCAGAGCGGCCCCGCGGGGCCACCAAGGCCAGCAAACCUAUCUCCUGUCUGGCCUAUCUCAGUACGGCUGUGGGUUGUCUGGCCUCCAACAGCCCCAACGCUGCCAAGCUGCUGGUCCAGCUCUGCACACAGGUAACAACAGAUACACAACUCAGACUCACACAAAGAUAAUAGACUGGAAGAGAA